CGGAGCCGCUGAGGUGAAGCUCCUAGGCUCCGCCGAGGUCGCCGCGCCCUCUCCUCGCCUCUGCCGCCGCACUUUCAAGCCGUUGCCACCACCACGGCCUUUGCCGCCGGAGGAGCGGCCGCCUAUUGUCUUUCUCCGCGGCGAAGGUGCGGAGCUGCUCCGGCUCGGCCCGCGGGGGAGCCCCGGGCGCCUCGCGUGUCCUAGGUCAUGAAACUUAAUCCACAACAAGCUCCAUUAUAUGGCGAUUGUGUUGUUACUGUACUGCUCUCUGAAGAGGACAAAGUUGAGGAUGACGUAGUGUUUUACUUGGUAUUUUCGGGUUCCACCCUCCAUCACUGUACAAGUACUCGGAAGGUCAGUUCUGAUACGCUGGAGACCAUUGCUCCUGGUCAUGACUGCUGCGAGACGGUGAAGGUGCUGCUCUGUGCUUCCAAAGAGGGCCUGCCUGUGUUUGUGGUGGCGGAAGAAGACUUCAGGUUCAUCCAGGACGAGGCCUACGAUGCAGCCCAGUUCCUGGCAACCAGUGCUGGAAAUCAGCAGGCUCUGAACUUCACCCGUUUCCUGGAUCGGUCAGGACCCCCGUCCACGGAUGUGAAUUCCCUUGAUGAGAAGGUUUCCCUGGCGUUCAGGCACCUGAAGCUGCCAGCGGAGUGGAAUGUGUUGGGAACAGAUGCAGCUUCGCAUGAUGGUGGCCCCCGAGAGACAUUGAUGCAUUUUGCUGCGCGGCUGGGGCUGCUGAGGUUGACGUGGUUCCUGUUGCAGAAGCCAGGUGGCCGCGGAGCUCUCAGCAUCCACAACCAAGAAGGAGCGACCCCUGUGAGCUUGGCCUUGGAGCGGGGUUAUCACAAGCUGCACAGGCUUCUAACUGAGGAAGAUACUGGAGAACCAGACUCCUGGAGCAGUUUAUCCUAUGAAAUCGCUUACGGAGACUGUUCUGUGAGGCAUCACCGAGAGCUGGACGUCUAUACGUUAACCUCUGAGUCUGAACCACACCAGGAACCCCCACUUCCUGGAGACAGUUGCACUGGACAUAUUUUUAAACUUAUGAACAUCCAACAGCAGCUAAUGAAAACAAACCUCACACAGAUGGACAGUCUUAUGCCCUCAGUGGUGACAGCACAAGAACCUUCAAGUCUGCCCAGUGACCAAGAUACAGAUGGUCAGUUUCUUCCCUGUGCAUCAGAGCCCGCAGCCAGCCAGCAGCUUGCUUCUCCUGAAGGCACUGAGAGCUCUCAGUGCUGCCAUGGGAGCACUGUGGGGCAGAUUGAAAGUUCCUAUGAUUUGUCAAGUGUGGUUAAGGAAGAGAAUACAGACUCUUCCUGUAGGAAGAAAAAUACAGGCGUGGAGAGCAAAGGAGACGAGGUGGAGCCAGCACCUAUCGUGGACUCUGGGACUACGUCUGAUCCUGACAGCUGCCGUCAGAGCACACCUGAUUGCAAAGGAAAGGACACAGAAGGCCUUCCAUCCUGUGGAGUCAGAAAUGAAGAAACUGGAACAAAAUCGUCGGCAAUGACCACAGACCAGGAGUCUCCAGGCAGUGGAGGCCGCGUCCUGCAGGGAGGCGUAGCCCUGGAGCCCGGCACGGCCCAGUCUUUCUCUGGAGGUGAACUGGUGGUCCCAUCACCAGCAGGUGCCAGCGUCCCAGACACUGCAAGGGAAACGGAACGCAGUCUCGUGAACCCAGAGGCCACCAUCCAGAGGAAUGUGCUUGCAGCAGGGGAGAAUAUGAAGGAAAGAUUUGAGGACUCUAAUAUCAGCACAGCUGGAGCCUCUGACCUAAAAGUCACAGACGAGCCUAUGGAUAAAGCCAGUGUUCCAAAUGGUGUCUCUGCCUCUGGCUCCCUGGUUGCUGACAAGCCUGCUGAGUCUUUACUUGUCGUUAGUGAUGAAGAAACUGCCAUUGAUGAAAGCACUGCAGAAAUGGAAACUUCUAGAAGUUGUGAAGAGAGUGCUGAUGCUCCAGGGGCUCAGAACUCUCAGUUAAUUCUAGCUGCUGCAAAAGAUGAGAUUUCAGAAGGUCUCGAGCUUGACACUCCCUUAGCCAGCAUGUGUGUGGCAUUGUCACCCUCUGAUUUAACCUUUCCCAGGCCGCAAAAAGAUGUUAUGCCAAACCAGAAAUCAGAAACGGAUUCAUCUCAUGUUCAAAGCCAAAACAGUAAAUCACCCAUCUGUUCUACAACUGGAGAUGAUAAACUUUGUGCUGCCUCUGCAUGUCGACAGAACACGGGGACUUCUAGUGGUGUGUUGGCUGUAGAACACUGUGAUGACAUAGUUACCCAGCCUGAAGGCACCACCACAGGGCUGCUCAACACACAACCACUGCCCACUGCCAGCUGCUUGGAAGGCCCACAGGCUAACACAGUCACCCCUGACCCUGAUGGAGACACCCAGGAACAUGUGGAUUUUUGUCCUCUCCAAGUUUGGGAUAAAGAAAGCCAAGGAAAAGAUUCGAAACUAGAAACACCUUUAGCAAAUAUGCUUGAGGUAGUUCCACAUCCACAUGCUCUUGUCCCCAAAGCUGAGAAAGCACGGGUGUCAGACCAGGCAGUGAUAUCAGGCAGGACUUUCUCUCUGACAGGCAGUCCCGGCAGUGAAUCAGUAACCAAAGAUGACGCACUUUCUCUUGUCCCCUCCUCCCAGAAUGAAAAAGGAACAGCAACUCUUGAACCACAUACAGACUGUAGAGAUGGCCCAGAUGGAGACUCGAAUGAUCUGGAGAAGCAGCCAGCAGAAGACAGUGUAGCGGGCCUGUGCACACCCUCCUCUGCUCUAGAUCUUCAGCCCAGCAUGGGCAAUACCAGUCCCAUAGGACCUGGUGCGGAGUGUGAGCGUCCCUGCCUCUCAGCAGACCCUGAAGUCCUGAAUAUCGCCGAGGGGGUCACUGACUCUUCCCUGCUCCAUGUGGGUCAGGCCGCUUUGGCCUCUGAUUCUGCUUUGACUGAAGAAGGGAAAGAUCAGGUGGUUCCAGAGAGCACUGCAGCUCAGGGACCAGAAGACAAGGAUAAAGCAGUGACCUGUUCCUCCAUUAAGGACAACACUCUUCAUUCAGGAACGUUGCAGGAAGAGUCGAGAACACCACCUCCUGGACAAGAGGCCCCGGGAUUCCAUGAAGAACCUGGCUCAGCUGUCUGUGAUGAGGACAGAGCUCCUCGGAACGGUAAUUCACUGGGCACACCCUUGGCCUGUCUUCACGCAGAAACUAAACAUAACAAGGAAGUGGCCCCACCAGUCGCACAGCUGAUUGAAGGUGGGGCUGCACAGAGCCUGGUGCCACCAGGAGCGAGUCUGGCUGCAGACUCAAGCCAGGAGGCCUCAGGUACAGAGCAGAACAGCUCACCUCCAUUGCCAAAUCUGUUACCAGAUGGGUUCGAGGUUCUUAAUUGUGAGCAAUCUUCUGCUCUGGAUGUUGAGGUGAAAAACACUCAGUCCCAGGGGAAGACCACUGCUUGUGAGGUGAGUGGAAAUGCAGCAUUGGAUGGUGCCGUGGUCGGUGCUCUGCAAGGCACCACUGGGACCGGGAGAAAGGAUACACCACACAACGCUCCAGACAUCCAGAUUCCGCAAGUCUCUUCGAGCCAGGAGAAGAAUAUGAUCCUGGGUUUGCCGGGAGCUUUACCGGACAAAGGUGUGACUGACCCUCAGGGCGCCGCACCCCCAGAGGUCGUGUCCCUGGGUUGGGAGAAGGGGAAGGUGGGGGGAGCAGAUGGCAGCCGUAGCACAGGCGACUCCAAGGAGACACAGGUGGAUGAGGAAGCGCAUCACGUCCCGCCGCAGCCUGCUGCCAAAGAGCACCCCACAGAGACGGAGCUCUUAAGCCGUGGUGACAAGGCCCCAGGCAGGGGAAGGGAUGCUGCCCCUAUGCCGUGCACCGUCGCUGCCAAAGCCGUGCUUCUGCCUGAGACAGCGGACUUGAUUGAGGAGGCUGCGAGUCGCAUAGUGGAUGCUGUCAUAGAACGAGUCAAGGCCUCGGGAGAACUGAUGACAGAGGGGGAAAUCAGUCACAUGUCACUGCCCUGUCCUUCCGAGGCGGGCCCAGGGCCCGAACAGCUGGAGAGUGCUUCUGCAGGGAAGGCGAGUGCUUUCCAGCCUGCGGAGACCCCGCCAAUGGGCAGUAGUCGUGGAGAAGCCUCUGGGAACCUUGCAGGAUGCUUUGCUGGAAGGGAGGAGCCAGAGAAGAUUAUUCCGCCUCUCCAGGGACCAACUCCGGCAACAGAAAUGCCAGACACGAAAGCUGAAGAUGAAAUGGAUUUUCUGAGUAAUACCAAGGAGAGUUCAGUUUCUGAAGAGGUGGCUGUAGGAAACAUAGCUUCUACACCGGAGGUGAAACAAGGCCCGAAGACCCAGGCGAUAAACCGAGAAAGUUGGUGUACCAUUGAGCCAUGCCCAGAUGCAGCAUCUCUCUUGGCUCCGACGCAGAGCGCAGAAUGUGAUAACUUCCUGGAUGUUGGAUUGGGCAGAGAGUGUGCCUCAAAACAAGGUGUCCUUAAAAGAGAAUCUGGAAGUGAUUCUGACCUCUUUCACUCACCCAGUGAAGAAGUGGACAGCAUUAUCUUCUCCAAGCCUGAGGAAGAACAGUUGGCCUGUGAUAUCACUGGAUCCAGUUCCUCCACCGAUGACACAGCAUCCUUGGAUCGACAUUCUUCUCAUGGCAGUGAUGUGUCCCUCCCCCAGAUUUCAAAUUUGAACAGGUCCAGAGACCAGCAAUGUCUUGAUGGUUUCUACAACCAUGGGGUGGGAGCUGAGGGUCGAGAGAGUGAGAGUGAGCCUGCUGGCUCAGGUGAGAUGGAAGAGGAGGAGAUGGACAGCAUCACUGAAGUGCCUGCGAACUGCUCUGUCCUGAGGAGCUCUAUGCGCUCUCUGUCCCCUUUCCGGAGGCACAGCUGGGGUCCUGGGAAGAACGCAGCCAGUGACGCAGAAAUGAACCACCGGAGUUCAAUGCGAGUUCUUGGGGAUGUUGUCAGGAGACCUCCCAUUCAUAGGAGAAGUAUGAGCUGGUGUCCUUCUGGUGUGCAAUACUCUGCUGCCCUGAGUGCUGACUUUAAUUACAGAAGUUUCAGUCUAGAAGGCUUGACAGGAGGAGCUGGUAUUGGAAACAAGUCAUCCUCAUCUCUGGAAGUAAACUCUUCGAACACCAAAGAGCUCAGACACCCUUUUAGUGGUGAGGAAAGGGGUGACUUGUUGGUGUCACUUUCAGAAGAGGAUCUGGAAUCAGGCCAGAGAGAACAUAGGAUGUUUGAUCAGCAGACAUGUCACAGAUCUAAACAACAGGGAUUUAAUUACUGUACAUCAGCCAUUUCUUCCCCAUUGACAAAAUCCAUCUCAUUAAUGACCAUCAGCCAUCCUGGGUUGGACACCCAGCAGCAGAUGCAGCCAACAAGGCGGAUCUCCUUCUCCGUCAGCAUCUCUCCGCUCCUCCUUAAGUCUAAAACUCUCUUUUCUCUUGGCUCUUCUUAUUCCAGUUGUGAGGAGGAAGAGUUGCAUAAUUCACGGCCCUUCCACAGCACCAAUGCUAAUCUGACUGAGAGUAUAACAGAAGAGAACUUUAAUUUCCUGCCACAAAGCCCCUCCAAGAAAGACUUUGAAGGGAAGAGUGGAACAAAAGUCAGUCGUACGUUCAGCUACAUCAAGAAUAAAAUGUCCAGCAGUAAGAAGAGCAGGGAAAAGGAAAAGGAGAAAGAUAAAAUUAAGGAGAAGGAGAAAGAUGCCAAAGAGAAGGAGAAGGACAAGAAGACUCUGAACGGGCACACUUUCAGUUCCAUCCCUGUUGUGGGUCCCAUCAGCUGUAGCCAGUGCACGAAGCCUUUCACCAACAAAGACGCCUAUACUUGUGCAAAUUGUGGUGCUUUUGUCCACAAAGGCUGUAGAGAAUGUCUGGCCUCCUGUGCAAAGGUCAAAAUGAAGCAGCCCAAAGGGAGCCUUCAAGCACAUGACACAUCUUCGCUGCCCACGGUCAUUAUGAGAAACAAGUCCUCCCAGCCCAAGGAGCGCCCUCGGUCUGCAGUCCUCCUGGCCGAUGAAACCACUGCCGUCCCCAUGUUUGCUAACAGACGGUCCCAGCAGAGUGUGUCGCUCUCCAAAAGUGUCUCUAUUCAGAACAUUGCUGGAGUUGGCAAUGAUGAGAACAUAUCAAACACCUGGAAAUUCCUGUCUCAUUCAACAGACUCACUAAAUAAAAUCAGCAAGGUCAAUGAGUCAACAGAGUCCCUUACUGAUGAGGGUACAGACCUGAAUGAAGGGCAGCUAAUGGGAGACUUUGAGAUUGAGUCCAAACAGCUGGAAGCAGAAUCCUGGAGUCAGAUAGUGGACAGCAAGUUUCUGAAACAGCAAAAGAAAGAUGUGGUCAAACGGCAAGAAGUGAUUUAUGAGCUGAUGCAGACGGAGUUCCACCACCUCCGCACACUCAAGAUCAUGAGCGACGUGUACAGCCGGGGCAUGACGGCCGACCUGCUCUUUGAGCAGCAGAUGGUGGAGAAGCUCUUCCCCUGUUUGGAUGAGCUGAUCAGUAUCCAUAGCCAGUUCCUUCAGAGGAUCCUGGAGCGGAAGAAGGACUCUCUGGUGGAUAAAAGUGAAAAGAAUUUUCUCAUCAAGAGGAUUGGGGAUGUGCUUGUGCACCAGUUUUCAGGAGAGAACGCAGAACGCUUAAAGAAGACAUAUGGCAAGUUUUGUGGGCAGCACAACCAGUCUGUAAACUACUUCAAAGACCUCUAUACCAAGGAUAAGCGUUUUCAGGCCUUUGUGAAGAAGAAGAUGAGCAGUUCAGUCGUACGGAGGCUUGGAAUCCCCGAGUGUAUAUUGCUUGUAACCCAACGAAUCACCAAAUAUCCAGUUUUGUUCCAAAGAAUAUUGCAAUGUACCAAAGACAGUGAAGUGGAACAGGAAGAUCUAGCUCAGUCCCUGGGCCUGGUGAAGGGUGUGAUUGGAGCUGUGGACAGCAAAGUGGCGAGUUAUGAAAAGAAGGUCCGUCUCAAUGAGAUUUAUACAAAGACAGAUAGCAAGUCGAUCAUGAGAAUGAAGAGUGGUCAGAUGUUUGCCAAGGAGGAUCUGAAGCGGAAGAAGCUCGUGCGGGACGGGAGCGUGUUUCUGAAGAGCACAACAGGGAGGUUGAAAGAGGUUCAAGCGGUCCUGCUUACUGACAUUUUAGUUUUCCUUCAAGAAAAAGACCAGAAAUACGUCUUUGCGUCAUUGGACCAGAAGUCGACGGUGAUCUCUCUAAAGAAGCUGAUUGUAAGAGAGGUAGCACACGAGGAGAAAGGUUUAUUCCUAAUCAGUAUGGGGAUGAAAGAUCCAGAGAUGGUGGAAGUCCACGCCAGCUCCAAAGAGGAGCGGAACAGCUGGAUUCAGAUCAUCCAGGACACGAUCAGCACCCUGAACAGAGAUGAAGAUGAAGGAAUUCCUAGUGAGAAUGAGGAAGAAAAGAAGAUGUUGGACACCAAAGCUCGGGAGUUAAAAGAACAACUUCAGCAAAAGGACCAGCAGAUCCUACUCUUACUGGAAGAGAAGGAGAUGAUUUUCCGGGACAUGACUGAGUGCAGCACUCCCUUGCCAGAGGAUGGCUCCCCAACUCAAAGCUCUAGAAUCCUCUUCCGAUCCAACACAGAAGAGGCUCUCAAAGGAGGGCCUUUAAUGAAAAGUGCCAUAAAUGAGGUGGAGAUCCUUCAGGGCUUGGUGAGUGGAAGCCUGGGAGGCACACUUGGGCAGGCUGUCAGCAGCCCUGUUGAACAAGAAGGCAUGGUAGGCCCCGUUUCCUUGCCCCGGAGAGCAGAGACCUUUGGAGGAUUUGACAGCCAUCAGAUGAAUGCUUCAAAAGGAGGUGAGAAGGAAGAAGGAGAUGAUGGCCAAGAUCUUAGGAGAACAGAAUCGGAUAGUGGUCUGAAAAAGGGUGGAAAUGCUAACCUGGCAUUUAUGCUUAAAAGAAACAGUGAGCCGGUCAUCCAGAGCGUCGUCCAUCUCCACGAGCUCCUCAGCACUUUGCAGGGGGUGGUGCUGCAGCAGGACAGCUACAUCGAGGACCAGAAGCUGCUGCUGACCGAGCGGGCGCUCACGCGGACGGCGUCGCGGCCCAGCUCCCUCAUCGAGCAGGAGAAGCAGCGCAGCCUGGAGAAGCAGCGCCAGGACCUGGCCAACCUGCAGCGGCAGCAGGCGCAGCACCUGGAGGAGAAGCGGCGGCGCGAGCGCGAGUGGGAGGCCCGCGAGAGGGCGCUGCAGGAGCGCGAGGCGCGGCUGGCGCAGCGCGAGGACGAGCUCCGGCGCGGCCGCCAGGACCUGGAGCACGAGCUCGAGGAGCUGCAGCAGAGGAAGGUCGCCUACCAGAGCGACCUGGAGCGCCUGCGCGCUGCCCAGAGGCAGCUCGAGCGCGAGCAGGAGCAGCUGAAGCGGGAGGCCGACCGGCUCAGCCAGAGGCCCGCCGACUGUGACAUUGGCCAGGUUUCACAUCAGCACACCAAGCUGCUGAGGAUCCCAUCCUUCCUUCCGAAUCCUGAGGAGACCCUCUUGCCACCGGCACCUUCCAUAGCCAAAUCGGGGUCAUUGGACUCAGAACUCUCAGUGUCCCCAAAAAGGAACAGCAUCUCUCGGACACACAAAGAAAAGGGGCCUUUUCACAUACUGGGUUCCACCAGCCAGACAAACAGAGUACCAGAGGGUCAGAGCCAGACCCCAGUGUCCACGUCCACCCGCCUGUUUGGGUUAGCUAAGCCAAAGGAAAAGAAGGAGAAAAAGAAGAAGAACAAAGGAAGCCGUUCGCAGUCCGGUGAUGGCCCUGCAUCUGAAGUACCCGCAGAGGGGGAGGAGAUCUUCUGCUGACCCCGUUCCUCUCCGAGGCAGCCGCUCCUGUCCCGCCAUGGUUAUAGCCCCAACCCCUGCUGUCCUGUGCGCACAUUCUCCUACACUGAUGCCCGUGUCCUGCGGCGCCCAGCCCUCCCGCACUGCCCAGGUC